CCCGCGCGCAGCUGUUCUGGAACGAUGAAGUGAAGAUGACGGAUUCGGUGGUUGCAGAGGGACACGUUAAACUGAGAGACGGCAAAAAGUGGAAAAGCCGGUGGGUCGUCCUCCGCAAGCCCUCGCCUGUGGCAGACUGCCUAGUGUUGUUGGUAUCCAAAGAGCGAGGAGUGAAGGAGAGAAGCAGUGUGGUGUUGGAGCACAUUUGCGGUCUUGAGGCUGGACUGAGCGGAGAAGGAGUGGCCUUCACGCUCACCAUCCUGUGUUUAAAUCAGACUGUCCAGCUUGGCUUUGACUGUAAGGAAGCCUUGCUGGCCUGGGACCUGCGGCUUCGCUACUAUCUGGGGGAAGUUCACAGUUUUAAUGUAGCAGUGCUUCCUGGCACUAAACUCGAGAGUGGUCCUGCAACCCUUCAUUUGUGUAACAACCUGCUCGUCAUCGCCAGGGACGUCCCUCCUGUAAUCAUCGGACAGUGGAAUCUUCUGGAUCUCCGGAGAUACGGCCCAGUGACCAAUGGCUUUGUCUUUGAGGGUGGAACUCGCUGUGGUUACUGGGCUGGCGUAUUCUUCUUGUCCUGUGCUGAAGGGGAGCAGAUCAGUUUUCUAUUUGAUUGCAUCGUGCGAGGCAUCUCACCCUCCAGAGGUCCCUUUGGACUCAAACCACUGCUGCCAGAGCCCAGUGCCAGUGCAGCAUCAGUGGAAGAAAGACUGAACCAAGAGGCUGAAGAGCUGGAGAAGAGGCUCAGUUUGUUGUCUCACAGCACAGUUUCCAGCUCCAGUUUCAGUUCUUCAGUGGCUGGUGAUGACCGCAGCAUAUCCAGCUCUUCAGACACCUCAGAUACCAGCCACUCGGAUUCCAGCAUUGGCAGCCGCCUGACCCUGUGGGCAGAGCCUGUCCCUUCAGCCUCAACUGAGUCAUCCUUCCAGGCAGCAUCUAGAGCUGCCUCUCAUGGAGAGGACAAACUGUCAGUCAAUGUAGCAGGUGCUCCCAGAGUGCCGUCUAAGCCCACCUGUUCGCGGUGGCUUCAGGAGAUAGGACGGCAAGGUUCAUCUGACAGCGGAAUUGCCACAGGAAGCCACUCGUCCUAUUCUGGGAGCUUUUCGUCCUACACAGGUAGCCUAGACAUAGGGAGCUCAAGAGAGGAGUAUGGCUCUCUGCUGAGCCUUCCACCGCUCUCCAACCCUGAGAAACACCCCUGUACCUGCCCAACUAGCCACACUCAUGAGUACCAGGUGCCUUCUUCUCUCCGCUACCUUUAUGACACACCCCGCAGCAUUCUGGAGCCCACUGGGACCUCUGGUUUGGAAAGCAAAGAGCAGUGUGAACCAGAAGGAUUUGCAUCCAGAGAACAGACUGAUGAAACAGCUAAAGAGCAGACUGUAGCCUCAGCUGCUUCUCUCUCCAUUCCUGAAUCUCCCAGAGACUUUGCCCCCUCCCUCACCCACAGUCAAAAGGCAGAAGGGACCCAGAAAGUGAUGCAGGGGAGUCAGGGCGCAUCCAGUACGGAAACACAGUCUGAGUGUCUGAUUUGCUCUCCCCAUCAAGCUGCUUCCAGAGCACUCUUCACAACCUGCGCUAUCUGUGGUGGCUUUAAGAAAGCUCCCUUUCCUCAGACAAGAGCUUCUCUAGAGCCAGAUGUGCCAGAUACCUCGGAAGGUGAAAAAUCAGCCAAUCUCAACGCGGAUGCCAUGGAUACUGUUACUAAUCAGGAGCAGAAUCAAGAAACUGAGUCUUCUGCAGUCCCCACUGUGACCAGUUACAGCACAGAGAAACUGUCCUUUGGAAAUUCAAACAGUAAUGAUAGACUGCAGGAAGGGUGCCCAGAGAACUAUAUAGUCAGCUGGUCUGACCUAACGGGGCAUUGUUGUCCAGGAAAAGCUGAUAUGGUGUCAGUCAAACCAGACCCUAUGUUAUCUAUUCCAAUGGGGUAUUAUUGGCCUCCAGGGAAUGAUAACUUGAGAACAGUCAAAACCAGCAUGUAUGAGCCAAUGUUAUCAUUAUCACCUGCCGCCCAACCAUCCUGCCGCCCGCAUCAUGCAACUCCUACCCAUGAUACCUCUCAUUCACCGAUCUAUGAGAACUGCCUGCAAUGUAGGAAAGGACAGCAUGGCUGCAUGGUGCCUAAGGCCACUCCUCCAGAAAUUAUAGGCAGCUUGAUCCAACCAGAUCCUCCUACCAUCAGUAAUGGAGAAACCGCAGAAGAAGAUAAGAAGCAGAGAAGUCAUGUGGAGAAAGGAAAGAUGGAUCCUGCCUACGAGAUCAUGGAGGCCCGAGCAGCAGACAGGAGCUCAGAGUCUGAUGAGAAGAGCAGAUAUGAGAUGAUGGGCAGCUGUGGACAGCAGAGGAGCCCUCAUGAGGCUGAAGGAGUGUUUGUGUUCACGCCAGAGGGCUCUGGGAUGACAGAUAGGCCAAGAGGAGACACGGUGACAUAUGUGAAUAUUCCUGUCAGCCCAACGUCCAAAAAGCAGCUACACUACAUGGAGCUGGAGCUGCAGGAGCACGGCACUGCCAUCAGGGGAAAAGCCUCCACUAAGUACGCUCAGAUCGAUAUCACUGCGACAGAGACCGCGCACAGAGUUGGUACCCAGCAUGCACUAGGGCGGGAGGAGGGACUUCAAAGAUUGGAGCAAUGGAAAAAAGGAUGUGCACCAACAGAACGUCAUCAUUCUUUACCAUAAUGAUAUAAUAAAUGCCAUAAUAUACCAUACCUUAAUAUAAUAAUCACUACCAUUGUGAUGAAGAGUGAUGGCAUCGCUCAGAGGCUCAGAGACAGUGAAGUAAAGAAAUGAUGGUGGCAGUAGAACAAGUCUCUCUUCAGUGAAGUUGGGCUGCUCUGAUCAACCGUACAUUUCCUCCUUCUAAUACUUUGGACAGUAAAAGCCUGCGUUGAAUGACUUUGACUCGAAUGACUAUUCAUCUCAGGACAGGCCUGUGAGCUCAUCACAGAGCCAUAGUCGACCAUACGGAGAGUGAAAUUACCAUUGGAGAGAACACUGGAGGCAGCGGUGUAAAUGUCCAUCCCCGCGGCCGAAGGUCCACAUUCAUUAGCGGGGAUAGUGUAGUUAUGCGAGUGCGCUAAUGUGUGGUUUAUU